AUGAAUCAGAGGGGUUUAAUAUAUAGCUUUGUUGCCAAAGGAACUGUUGUUUUAGCGGAACACACACAGUAUACGGGGAAUUUCAGUACCAUUGCUGUUCAGUGCCUGCAGAAGCUACCUUCAAAUAGCAGCAAAUACACGUAUUCCUGUGAUGGGCACACCUUUAACUUCCUCAUAGACAAUGGAUUUGUUUUCCUUGUUGUUGCCGAUGAGUCAGUUGGAAGGAGUGUUCCUUUUGUAUUUCUUGAACGGGUGAAGGAUGACUUUAUGAAGCGCUAUGGAGCAAGCAUUAAGAAUGACAGUACCCAUCCACUUGCUGAUGAUGACGAUGACGACGAUUUAUUUGAGGACAGAUUUAGCAUUGCGUAUAAUCUUGAUAGAGAAUUUGGACCAGCACUCAAGGAGCAUAUGCAGUAUUGCUUGAAUCAUCCAGAAGAAAUAAGUAAACUUUCAAAGUUGAAGGCUCAAAUAACUGAGGUUAAGGGGAUAAUGAUGGACAAUAUUGAGAAGGUUUUGGAUCGUGGAGAGAAGAUUGAGCUGCUGGUGGACAAAACAGAAAACUUGCAGUUCCAGGCUGACAGCUUCCAGAGGCAGGGCAGGCAGUUGAGAAGGAAGAUGUGGCUGCAGAAUCUCCAAAUGAAGCUGAUGGUGGGAGGAGGAAUCCUUACCUUAAUCAUAAUUCUGUGGGUUAUUGCCUGUGGGGGUUUUAAAUGUUGAUGGAGCCAAAAGAAGUUGAAGCUCGUACUAGGCAGGAUGCACAAAAUGAUUUACUACGUGUACAUGAAAUUUGGCACUGUAAUUUGUGGUUACUGUCAUAGACUGUAAUUAAGCUUGUGUGAAGAACUGCUAGUUAUCUUGAAUCAAGCUCAUACUUUAGAUGCCAUAUCUGGAUUUGUUGUGUAUAUCAUGACAACAAUGUUUUUAGCAUUAUAUAGACUAUUUCCACUUUCCCUGUCA